UUGGUAUAUGGGUCCCACGGACAGAGGGGGUGAGCAAGCCAGUGAUCCACCGGCAUCAUGGCUUCCACAUUGGAUAUGAAGUGUUUUUAGCACACCCUAGAAGAAAAUAGUCAUUCAUUGUUGAAAAUCUGAGCCCAUUCUAGUCUCAUAUUGGGACUGAGGGGCCGUGCCGCCCUCUAGUCUCCCUCGACCGCCUCUAGAACGAGAAUCUACACUGUUUCUAUUGUGAGUUUUCAUCCAUAAAUCGUGGAAGAUGGCCGACGUACCGGCGGAGUGCACCAUCAAAGUGAUGUGCCGUUUCAGGCCCUUGAAUAGUUCAGAGGUGGCCAGAGGGGACAAAUACAUACCUAAGUUUCAAGGGGAAGACCAUGUGGUCGUCGGGAGCAAACCGUUCCAGUUUGACAGAGUGUUCCAGCCUAAUACGACACAGGAGCAAGUAUACAACGCCUGCGCCCAGAAGAUCGUCAAAGAUGUUCUGGAGGGGUACAACGGGACAAUAUUUGCAUAUGGACAGACGUCAUCCGGCAAAACCCACACGAUGGAGGGAAACCUCCAUGACACAGAUGGGAUGGGGAUCAUCCCCAGGAUAGUGCAGGACAUCUUUAACUACAUCUACUCAAUGGACGAGAACCUGGAGUUCCACAUAAAGGUUUCAUAUUAUGAAAUUUACUUGGACAAGAUUCGGGACCUCUUGGAUAUGUCAAAGACCAACCUGUCAGUGCAUGAAGACAAAAACAGAGUUCCCUAUGUCAAGGGAUGCACUGAGAGAUUUGUCUGCAGCCCAGAGGAAGUCAUGGACACCAUUGAUGAAGGAAAAUCUAACAGACAUGUAGCAGUUACAAACAUGAAUGAGCACAGCUCCAGAAGUCACAGUAUCUUCCAGAUCAACGUGAAGCAGGAGAACACUGCUACAGAGCAGAAACUCAGCGGGAAGCUCUACCUCGUCGACCUGGCUGGAAGUGAAAAGGUCAGUAAGACGGGGGCGGAGGGAGCUGUGCUGGAUGAGGCCAAGAACAUUAAUAAGUCUCUGUCUUCACUGGGCAACGUCAUCUCAGCCCUGGCAGAAGGUUCUGGUUAUAUCCCGUACAGAGACAGUAAAAUGACCAGAAUCCUUCAGGACUCUCUGGGGGGGAACUGUAGGACCACCAUAGUUAUCUGUGCCUCUCCCUCUGCCUACAACGAGUCAGAGACCAAGUCCACCCUCAUGUUUGGACAGAGAGCCAAGACCAUUAAGAACACAGUGUGUGUGAACGUGGAGCUGACGGCAGAACAGUGGAAGAAGAAGUACGAGAGGGAGAAGGAGAAGGGCAAGGCCCUGAGGAACACCAUCACAUGGCUGGAGAAUGAGCUGAACCGCUGGAGGAACGGUGAGAGUGUACCGGUGGACGAGCAGUUUGACAAGGAGAAGGCCCAGGCUGAGGUGCUGGCCCUGGACAAUGUGCCCAACGACAAGCCUGCCUCCACCCCCAACAUGCCCCAGCUCUGUCUGACCGACGCAGAGAAGGACAAGUGUGAGGGAGAGCUGGCCAAGCUCUACAAGCAGCUGGAUGAUAAGGAUGAUGAGAUAAACCAGCAGAGCCAGCUGGCUGAGAAGCUGAAGCAUCAGAUGUUGGACCAGGAGGAGCUGCUGGUGUCAUCGCGACGCGACCAUGACAACCUGCAGUCGGAGCUGAACCGCCUGCAGGCUGAGAACGAGGCUUCCAAGGAUGAGGUGAAGGAGGUGCUGCAGGCCCUGGAGGAGCUGGCUGUUAACUACGACCAGAAGAGUCAGGAAGUGGAGCAGAAGACCACAGAGUUUGAGAUGCUCAGCGAAGAGCUCAACCAGAAAUCAACUGUCCUGACGUCCAUUGACUCUGAGCUGCAGAAAGUGAAGGACCUGACCAACCACCAGAAGAAGAGGACCAGUGAGAUGAUGUCAUCACUACUCAAAGACCUGGCAGAGAUUGGCAUCGCCGUGGGCAGCAACGACAUCAAGCAACACGAGGGCAGUGGUCUGAUAGACGAGGAGUUCACGGUGGCUCGUCUGUACAUCAGUAAGAUGAAGUCGGAGGUGAAGACCAUGGUGAAACGCUGUAGACAGCUGGAGAGCACCCAGUCAGAGAGCAACCAGAAGAUGGACGAGAACGAGCAGGAGCUGGCCGCCUGUCAGCUGAGGAUCCAACAGCAUGAGGCUAAGAUCAAGUCCCUGACAGAGUACCUUCAGAACGUGGAGCAGAAGAAGAGACAGCUGGAGGAGAACGUUGACUCUCUGAACGAGGAACUGGUCAAGAUCAGUGCCCAGGAGAAAGUCACAGCCAUGGAGAAGGAGAACGAGAUCCAAUCUGCUAAUGAGGUCAAGGAGGCUGUGGAGCAGCAGAUCGCUGGUCACCGUGAGGUCCAUCAGAAACAGAUCAGCAGUCUGAGAGAUGAACUGGACAGGAAGGAACACCUCAUGACUGAACUGCAGGAUCUGAACCAGAAGAUCAUGCUCGAACAGGAGCGCCUCAGGGUGGAACACGACAAACUCAAGUCCACUGACCAGGAGAAGAGCCGGAAGCUUCACGAGCUCACGGUGAUGCAGGACAGGAGAGAGCAGGCCAGACAGGACCUGAAGGGACUGGAGGAGACUGUGGCCAAGGAGCUGCAGACCCUGCACAACCUGAGGAAGCUGUUUGUCCAGGACCUGGCUACCCGAGUGAAGAAGAGUGCUGAGAUGGACUCUGAUGAUACAGGAGGCAGCGCAGCUCAGAAACAGAAGAUCUCCUUUCUGGAGAACAACCUGGAGCAGCUUACCAAGGUUCACAAACAGCUGGUGCGUGAUAAUGCAGACCUGCGUUGUGAGCUUCCUAAACUGGAGAAGCGUCUGCGUGCUACGGCUGAGCGGGUCAAGGCCCUGGAGUCAGCCCUGAAGGAGGCCAAAGAGAACGCGGCACGCGACCGCAAACGUUACCAGCAGGAGGUGGACCGCAUCAAAGAGGCCGUCAGGGCCAAGAACAUGGCCAGGAGGGGCCACUCCGCUCAGAUCGCCAAACCCAUUCGUCCUGGCCAGCCCCCAGUGGCGUCCCCCACCCACCCCAAUGUGAACCGCAGCGGAGGGGGUUUCUACCAGAACAGCCAGACCGUGGCCAUCAGGGGAGGAGGAGGCGUGAAGCCAGACCAGAACAGCUGAGGACAGGAUGGGGUGUGACCACAGAAGAAGCAGAAGGAUAUCACCCUGACAACCUGUUAUCCUAUUAUAGCCAUUGGCUCCUUGCAGGGUAUAUAUUAGAGUGAGGGAGGAGUUUUAAUAUAAAUAUAGAAAUAUUCCUUGCCUGUACAGAUCCACCUACCCUCAUGUUUCUUCUCUCUGAAACAAACAUGAAUAACAACAAAGAAAUGAAUUGAAUAUGGAAAACAACACAACAUCCACCAACCACAGACACAGAGGGCAGUCUUGGUGUUAUGAACGACACGUGACUUGAAUGUGUAGCUUUGUUUCGUUGCACAGUUUGUUGUCUUAAGGUUUAGUCUGCACUGUGCCAAGUUGAAUGUUCUGUAACCAGGUUUUCAAAAGAGAUGAGAGGAAAACAUAAAAAGCCACUGGGAAAAAAAGAAAGAAAAAGAUGAUUGAUAACACAGAUGUAUUUUUCACUAAUCUCUUGUACAGCACAUUUCCUUAUCCUCCUGGUUGUACAACACUUCUUUCUCUGAAUAGAUUUUACAAGCUUGUUGAAAGGUCUGAACCGAAUAGAUGGCGAUUGAGCACUCCUGUCCUAUUGUACAAGUGUAAUAUGGCACUGUACCUGCUUCCUUAUGAGGUGUUUGGAUUUGAAAUGCCAAGAGGUGGGACUACAGUGUGGAUUUAUUUCAUGACAGAAUACCUGUGGUGGCCAUUGUUUUUAGUGUAAGGGAAAUAAAGCCACAUGCUGGUGAGGUGGCUACAUUAAACAUAUGUGAGAAGGAAAGAGGAGUCCGAUCAGGAGCGAGCUGUCAUGUCUGCGUCCCAAAUGACACCCUUUCCCUUAUAUAGUGCUCUUCUUUUGAACAGGACCAAUAGGGCUCUGGUCAAAAGUAGUGCACUAUAUAAGGAAUAUGGUUAUAUUUGGGACACUACCUAUACCUUAUCACAGCCUAUUCAGUCAAUUUAAUGUGCUGUUUUUAACGGUUUUAAAUGCCGGUUGUUAUUUAUCUAUCUGCACAUAGGAGCACAUGCAUAGACUACUGGUCCACUGAGCUAGAUGGCCCACACAUGCUCGUCCUGUCCUAGCUAGGUCUUCUCAUCCAUUCACCACCUUUGUCCUGACCGCCUCUCUAAACAAACCAAGGAUAUUGGCUGGUUGCUGUUUUACAUUUUCUUUGUACAUUUGAACUGUUUAUAGUAUCUUGUUGUUAUCAAGGGGCUCCCAUGUGGUGCCCUCCCUGUCAUGUGAAGUGGAUUAAACAACGUUAAUAAAUGAUGCUAUUGGAUACUGCUA